AUGUCGGGGGUGCCGCUAUUCCCGGAGGCCCCGGGAGUGGAACGGGUGUCCCGGGCCCCCAGUUCCCCGCGUUCCCCCGCCCGGCGCAGCCUGUUUGGUCCGGUAGAUCACGAGCUGUUGGCCCGGGACUUUGAGCGGAGCCUUCGGGCGAUGGAGGAAGAGAAACGCGAGAAGUGGAACUUCGACUUCCGCAACUACCGGCCGCUACCGGGGCCCCUUCAGUGGAAGGAAACGGACCAGGCGCCUGAAUUCUACCACCGGGGACACGAGCACAAAUCACAGCGGAACGAGUCGAGUCCGGCCGAAUCCCGAGCGAAGAAGCGCAGCGGAGAGGCAGCGGGUGAGUCCAAGUGCGCCCGGGGGAGGGCGGAGCCACAAGUUCCCCUGAUACUUAACUUCACCCCGCUACUGCUGCUGCUGUCGUCUUAA